AUGAGUGAUAGUAGCGUAGCCAGCGAAUAGUAUUUUAAUUUUUCUGAGAGCCAUAAUUACUCUGGAGAUUAAUCAGCCCUUUUUAACCAAGCUCCAAUUUAAUUUGAUAAAUUAACUCCACAAGUAAUUCAAUAAGAACUUGCAAAUGGUUUCAAAGUAAACAAAGAAGUAAUUGCAAAAGGUGGAAUAUAUCCACCUCCAGUUGAAGAUAUUGAUGAUAAGUAUGAAGAUUUCCUCAAUCAUAAAGCAUAUGCAUUUCUCCUAUUGACUUAUCAUCCUUAUUUUAGAAAUAAGUUUGAUUAUAAGGAUAUCAUCGAUGUUAAUAAUUUGACUAAAUAGCGCGCUUAAUAAGUAAGCUGGGCAAAUAUAUUUACUAUUUUAGGAGUAUUUAGUUUUGAGAGAUACUUUCUAAGAAAGAAACCUAUUUUCGGUUUGACUCAGGAUUCUGGUUGGGCACCUUUCCUUUUAAAAUACUAUUUUUUACCUAAAUUACUAUCUAAUUUUGUUGAUUUAUGCUUAUUUUAUCCAAAUCUACAAAGAAAGACUUCUAAUAUAUUAUAAAAAUAUAGCUUUGAUUAAGAGACUUAAAGUAAUCCUUAAUAUAGAUAGGCUUUUGAUGAUUUAAGAUAAUACAAAUUAAACAUGAGUAUUAAAAAUUAAAAAUAAUGA